CCACAACCACCACCGACGAACCAAUUUCCCUCAUAAUAAGCUAGAUACAAUGGCAUUCCUCGGGUUGCGUAAAUGGCCUACACCUAUCGUCAAGCCCUUGUGGCCAUUCCUGAUUGCGGGCUCGAUUACCGCCUAUCUUGUUGGAAAGGCUCAGGAUUCCGGUAUCAGGUCACCCGAAUGGCGUACCGACCCCCGUAACCCAUACGCAGCACAGCUCGCCAAGGAGUCUCUUCACUAGACGCCGUGUUCGUUGCUGUAGCCUUGUAAAAUCAUCAUCUUCAUCAGUAGAUGUGAAUUAGAAUGUUUCGUCCAUGCUGGCAGAUCAAGGAAUGAGAUAAUGGGUUG